AUGUCCCUUCACACUUCUUACCACGCCGACUCCGACGCGGACGAUGAAUACGAACGCAGCGUGAUCACCUCGCCGCACCUUCAGAUCGAUUCGGAAUCCUCCCCCACAGACUCCGAUAUUCAUUCCUCGGAGCACACCCCCACCAAAUUUGGACCGAUGGACCCCCCGCGCUCUCCCCGAGCGCUGAUAACGGAAUGGGGAGUGGAUGAAUGCAAGGAGUUCCUGACGUCAUUGGGGUUGUUACAGUAUCAUGGCACAUUCCGAGAAAACGGAAUUGUUGGCGAGGCACUCAUUGCCUUGAAGCAUGACGAGUUAAAAGAAAUGGGCAUCAACAGCGUUGGCCACCGAUUGACCAUCCUCAAAAGCGUAUAUGAAAUCAAAGUCAAGCAGGAUGUCCCCUUGGACGCGGACCAUUAUAUUCCUCUUUCUGCGGAUCAAAGCAUGAAUGAGACGGCAACCCAAGAGGAUCUUGCCCGUCUGAUCAAAUCAAUUCAGCUGCGAGAUGAAAAGCUCAUGCUGGUGGAAACGGAGCUGCGCCGGAUCACAGACGAUUAUCGUCGGUUGCGGGAAGAAAUUUUGCCAGUGAUCAAGAUAGCCAAAGAUCGGUCACAUCCGUUACCUCCGGCAUCGUCAGGAGGACCUCCUUCAGAAAAUUGGCACGACAGCACGGCAACACUUACAUCGCCUUCUCAGCUUAAUAUCAGCAACAACGACACCUCUACAUCGAAGAUUGCGCGCGCUUUCUCCAAGCGCAUGCAUCCCAGCGGUGCUACCCCCAAGAACAAUUCGCCAACCCAUAUUCCACCUAUGAUUCACGAAGGAAGAUCCCACCAUGACAACUUAAAUCCCUCGUCGGGUUCAUUCGCCGCGACGUCUCAUCUGACAUCCCUGAAUGGAGGAUCCCAAUUAUCUCCCGGGAUUCCCUCGCCAACAUCACCCCACACACAUCAUGCCCAUCCUCAGACCCUCAACCCAAGAUCCUAUACCCAGCCAAGCUCCGGCGCAAAUCGCAACACGGCAUAUGAUUAUGCCGAACAGACCCCGACAAUUCAUUCCAGGGACCGCCUGACUCCGAGCCAACUUCCAUCGUCCCGCGCCGAGACUCCAUCCACCGGAUCACGCCUUGACCCACGGAAUGACCCACGGUCCGAAUCCAGGUCCGAAUCUCGGGCGGGUGGAGGUGGCAGUGAGAAUCCAAGUAGCGUGGAAAUCUUUAAGUCUUUCCGAGUGUCCUGGGAAGAUCCUUGUUACAAGGUCCUUCCCGCAGCGCUUAAGAAAUACAACAUCAAUUCCGAUUGGAAGAACUACGCCCUCUACAUUGUUUAUGGCGACCAAGAGCGGUGCUUGGAAUUGCAAGAAAAGCCUCUCCUUCUAUUCAAACAGCUCGAGAAGGAGGGACGAAAGCCCAUGUUCAUGUUGCGCAAGAUCCACAUGGAUAACCCUGCGGGCACCCCGGGGCCUGUUGCCUCUGCCCCCAACAGCGCUGGCUUUGAGGGUGGUCGGCAAGGGCAAAUCAAUUUGCCCGGUGGUGUACUGUGA